AUGGCCACAACUCUGCCCUCGAGGCGGUACGGUCUCCUCAUCAGCAAGCCCGGGGAGCUGCGAAUGUCAGCCCUGGAGAUGCCGCAGCUUUCGCCAGGCCAGGUCCUCAUCAAGACCGCCUGCGUCGCUCUGCACCCAUCCGACGCCAAGAUUGUGGCCGCCGGCUUCCACCGCAGCUGCCUGGCCGGGCUGGACUUUGCGGGAACCGUCGUGGCGGUAGGGCCCGGAGAGAUGCCCGGGUCCGUGGUCGUCGUCGGCGCCCGCGUUUGCGGUGUCGUCUGCGGCUACAGCGAGAUGGGAGGCAGCAUGGGCGCCUUUGCCGACUACAUCGUGGCCGAGGCCGAGUUCCUGCUGCGGGUCCCGGAUGCCAUGUCUUUCGAGCAGGCCUCGACGCUGCCGGGCGGCUUGUUGACCGCCGGCAUGACCUUGUUCAACACGCUGAGGUUGAGGGAAAAGAAGCCCGAGGAGGAUCGACAUGUGCUAGUUUACGGCGGUAGCACAGCGUCUGGGAUGCUCAUCAUCCAGGUCUUGAGGCACUUCGACUUCAAGCCCAUCGCCACCUGCACACCCCACAACUUCGACAUGGUCAGAGCAGCAGGCGCAGUGGCCGUACACGAUUACCACUCCGACGACUGCAUCGCCGCCAUCCGCGCAUCCACCGGGGGGCGCCUCGGCACGGCGGUGGACUGCAUCACCAGCGCCGACUCGAUGCGCAUAUGCUACGAAGCGCUGCGGAACCUCGACGCGGGCGACGAGCUGAACCAUGCCCGCUACGUCGCGCUCGACAGUUUUCCCAUUUCCGGCCACACGCGCCGGGCGGUGCGGCCGUCGUGGGUCUUUUGCAUGACUGCGUUUGGGAGGGCGCUGGACUGGGGUGCGCCGUACAAGACGGAGGCGCGACGGCGGGAUCGCGACUUCGCGGCCGCCUGGAUCAAAGAGGCCGAGGCGCUGGUGGGGCAGGGAAAGAUUCGGCCUCUCAGGGUUCGAGUCGUCGACGGCAGUCUGGAGACGGCCGUAACAGAGGGCCUAGAUUUGCUACGCCGCCCAGGAGCUGUGUCAGGAGAGAAGUUGGUUUGCAAGAUUGAUUCCGCUUGA